GUAACAAUCAACCCGACAAGGGACGGGUGGGGGUGAGAAUGAGGACGAGAAAAUGGCCGAGAAGGAUUGUAAGUGUAUUUGGUGGUCGUAGAGUAGGAGGUAGUGAUAGUGGUAAAACAGAGUUUCAUAUAAAAGCGAAAAACCGGGUGGCCGCCCCCACGCAUAUAUCGUCCGCGGUUUCGUGCAGUCCGUCACAUCCGUGCAGUCCGUCACAUCCACGCUGCCGCAUGAUGGACGCCGUAAACGCCAUGUUCGUCGGCAUGACGUUCAUGUUCGUGGCCGUGCCGCUAGUGCUCAAGUCAAUGGACGGGACUAGGUUGCCGGUCGCCGUGGCCCGGUUGUACGCUUACGGCAAGAUCACGGGCGGCUCGAGACCGUCCGGCGUGCUGAGCGUGCCCAAGCGGUGGUACAAGCACUUUUACGCGUUCUCGUUGGCCCUGUCGGUGAUGGCGGCACUGGCGCUGUCAGAUGAGUAUGCGGCGGGCACCCCGUGGCCAUGGGCCGCAGCGUGGUGCCGACGGUGGCUGUGGGACCCGGUCCGACGUACCGAUUCGUCGUACAGCUCGGCGGCCGCGUCCGCUGCCGCCGGCAUGUUCGUGCUGCAGUGCGCCAGGCGAACGUACGAGACGUACUACGUGAACGUGUUCUCGGACACGGCGGUAGGGCUGUGGUACUAUGCUUCCGGUUACAUGCACUACACAGGCGCCAUCGUCACCUUGCUGGCAGAGGCGCCCAUCGCAGCGGUGGCGGGACAGCAAAAGUCCAGCGCCUGGGAGCCUGUCCGAUUGGCGGGGGCCCUGCUAGUAUUUGCCUGGGCGUACCGUGAACAGUGGCGAGCCAAUGUGGCUCUGGCCGAGGCCCGGAAGCGUGGUGGCCAGGUGGUCACGCACGAGCACAUCAUGCUCACCGGCGGACUGUUCGACCUCGUGUCUAGCCCACAGAUGCUCACCGAGGUGAUCAUGUAUGGCGCCUGGUACGCUGUGCUGUGGGGUGGAACCGGAUGGAAGUACGUGAUCGCGUUCGUGUGGGGAAAUCAGUUCGAGAUAGCGCUCAUCAGCCACCGGUGGUACCAGGACAAGUUCCGGGACUACCCCCGAGAAAGGAAAGCCAUCAUACCGUACGUGCUGUGAUAUCGUUGCAUUGUCGUGUGCAGGGUGCGCUAUUGUUCACUUAUAAGAAUUUCAUAAAAUCAUGUUAACCUCGAUAUUUAUGUAAAGUCGACGUGGAUACCUGCAGUAUUGCAUAAUAUUAAAACCUU